CUAUGAGACCAUAAGAAUUGGAGCUGCCUAUUUAGCCAAUUGCAUUUGUCUCUUUUCGGGAAGAAUAUGAUACAGAUGCUUGGCAGUGUCUUUUCUUUGUAUAUGCAAUGCACUUCCUGCCCAUCGCUCCUCAAAAGGAAAUGUUCAGCUGUUUGAUUUGGAUGUUUGUCCUGCUCUGCAGCUCGGUAGCAGAUGAAAACUCUAUCAGAGAUGCUGACAUUUUUCCUUCAUCUCCUGAAAUUGAAAGAGGAUCCACCCUAAAACUGUCUUGUGUCCUUGGAAAACGCUACGCACACCACAGAAAUGCAAGCCACAUCAUCUGGAAAUUGAAUCAUGAAUUAAUUGCUCAGGAAAAUUAUAACAUUGUGAACGAGACUGUAUCUAGUGUAGCCAUCCAUAAUUUCACUUACAGCAAAGCUCAUGUGAAAUGUUUCACUAAGUACUUGGGGAAGGAACAACUUCUGGUUCACACUGAAGUUAAAUCUGGAUUUCCACCAGACACACCAGGAAAUAUUUCCUGCAUUUAUCAUUUUGAUGCUGAACUUAACUGCACCUGGACUUCAGGCAGAGAAACAAAUCUUAGGACAAACUACACUCUUUACCGAAAAAUGAUGAAAGAAGGAGGAAUGACUCCUGUGACUCUUCCAGAUGCACUGGGCUUCUGUGAAAGCAAAACGGAGUCAUGUUCGUUUAAUUAUCCACAUACUCCAUAUAGCAGUUAUUUUUGUUUUCAGGUGAAAGCUCAAAAUGUUUUGGGUGAAGCCUCAUCAGAUUGUGUUCAUAUACCUAUGGAAAAAAUAGAGAAAUUUGAACCUCCUGAAAUACUUUCAGUUAAAAAAAUCACUGGUAUAAAGCAGUUGCUUACAGUAACCUGGAAAAUGCCUGAGAAGAUUAUCCCUUCACAAGAUUUAACUUGCCAGGUUCAAUACAGAAAGUCGUAUUCAAACUCUUCAGAAUUUGUCCCUGUCCCAUUGAAUUCUGCAGAGAAAACAGGAUCAUGUAACCUCACAGGUCUGUGGGACUCCACAGAAUAUUCGGUUGCCAUUCGGUGUAAGAGUGUUUGUUCAAUGUUCUGGAGUGAAUGGAGUAGAGAGGAAAAAGCAAGCACGGAAGAGAAAGCUCCUUCAGAAAAAGUGGAUUUGUGGAGGGUAAUUGAGUCUUCACACUCAGCUGGAAGCAGAUCUGUACAUCUUAUGUGGAAGCCCUUAAACAGCUUUCCACCCUCUGGGAGAAUUCUAGGCUACAAAAUACAGUAUUUUCCAGAAAACAAUGCUGCACUUAAAAUGACAAACAACUCUACUGAUAAGAACAUUAGUUUAGUUUUAAAUGAAGAGGCAUAUAUAAUAUCUAUUACUGCCUAUAACUCUGCUGGAAAUUCUCCUGAAACUAUUUUGAGGAUUCCAUCCACUGGUGAAAAAGCUCGUCAGCUUAUUGAAACAGUGAGGACCUUUACAACAAAUGAAGAAGUCGUUGUAGAAUGGAUAACCUCUGAGCCAGAAGUAGACGAGUAUGUAGUGGAGUGGUAUGAGGAACUGGAGACAGGUCCUUUAAGUCGAUCAUGGCAAUAUAUAUCAAAUUCUACAAACUGGAAAACUAACAAAAGAGACUUCAAACCAUUUAUAUGCUAUAACAUCUCAGUGUAUCCUCUCUAUGGAAAUAAAGUAGCAGCUCCAUAUUCCAUACAAACUUAUGUUCAAGAAAAAAAGCCAUCAGCAGGACCUGUGGCUGACACAGGGAUUCCAGGGAAAAAUGAAGUUACAGUGAAAUGGAAGGAGAUUUCAAAAGAUAAAAGAAAUGGAUUUAUCACUAACUACACAAUAUUUUAUAAACCUGAAGAUGGGAAAGAAUUGAAUGAGACAGUGAACUCUGAUGUUCUGCAAUACAGACUGAAGUUCUUACAGGCUAAUACACAAUAUACUGUUUAUAUCAUGGCAAGCAAUGGAGCUGGUGGAACCAGGGGAGAGCCAAAAACCUUCAAGACUUUGAAAUUCGAUAAAGAAGAUGUUAUUUUCAUUGCUCUACCUGUUGGAUUAAGCAUGUUGUUUCUGUUAGGCCUUUGGAUAACAUGCAUUUUGAAUAAACACACGUUUCAAAAAGUUUGCUGGCCUGAUAUACCCAAUCCUGCAGAGAGCAUGGCAGUGGAAUGGCCUCUUCAUGCAUCUGUGAAUAAUUCAUUUUUGAAGGGAGUGACAUCUGAGGCUAAACCCAUAGACUUUGAAGAUCUAAGUGUUUUGGAACUUUGUUUUCCUGAAGAAAGUCAGGAAGGAUCACUACUAGUGAAUUGUGAAAACCAUGUUUCUGAAUGUACAGAUAGUAAUACAAAUGGCAUGAUUAAUGGAGAUACAGAGAUGCUGUAUAAUGAAGAAACUGAAGAUUCUAAAUGUUUUUCACCAUGCAUGUCUUAUAUAAUUACUCAUCAAGAUAUCAGAAGUCAAAUGCAUUCAGCUUCGAUACCAGUGAAGGAAAUCCAACCCACAGCGGUGCUGGAAGUGGAUUUAUGUGAAUCCCAACAGACUUCAAUUAAAAAUGAAGAAAAUGGUCAUGAAGAAGUUCUAAAGCUGGAAGAUUUCAGUGAAAAAGCACUGUUCAAUCCAUACCUUAAAAAUUCUGUUAAAACAAGGCAAUUUCUUAUUUCUGAAAACUUGCUGGAAAGCAAUAAGAAUGAAUCCAAAAGCCAGUCAAAUGUCUUACCUCCUUUUCAACAAAAUGCCACAGGACAAUCCUACAUAACACUGGACAUGUUUGGGUUAUCCACAGCUCAUUAGCAUAAGAAAACCUUCCUUUGUAAAGUCCCCUGGUGAGACAUAUCUUGGCACUGCUGCUGAAGAGUAUUCCUAUGUCCUAGCCUAGCCUGAUCUCAGUUGAUUUGGAUGCAAACACCCCCUUUCUCUGAAAAACUGUGAAGUAAUUUUUUGCACUGUAUUUAUACCCAUAGUGCUCACUUCCAGUGUGGGAGUUUUUUGUUUGUUUUAGGUUGUUUUGUAUUGGUUGUGUGUUUUUUUUUUUUUCUAACCAGAUAAGUGUGCCACUGUUGAGGCAAAGGAAGCAGCUUUUAAUAUUUCUUCUUAGUUCUCCCAUAUUGGUCUGCUCAAGCCAACUCCUCUUCGCACCCAGCAGUGCCAGAAGCUCACCAGUGUCUCCCUGGGCAAUCAGAUCCCAGGGCUGAGCUCCACUGGGCAAAUGUGGACUGACUUGAACAGAGCCAGGAUCUGCCAAAUCCUUCCUUAGGUUACAUGGGGUAGAACUACUUUCCUGUUAUUAUUUCCCUCCAUUGUUUUGUAUCUGGUUUUAUGUGUAGUGUUCCUCCUGUUUCGCAAAUACUUGGUAGGUUUCAGGAAUUGUCUUUUCACAUCCUGACUCUUGAAUUCAUGGUUUGGCUUAUAGUUUCUCUGUCUUUAAUGAGUGGAUAUUUGUUAUGUAUAUGCCAUUGAUUUAUCUGCAUUUUGGAAAUGUUAUACUGGCUUUGUUGCUUCCUCCCCUUUCUCUUGUGUUUUUGUGCUGCUUUUGCGUCUCCUGUUCGUUUGCUGCUUUCUAAAACUCUGUUUACUGCAGGAUAUCUUCUUGUUCCUUUGCCUCAAAGUUCUCCCAGUUUAAAACUGUUUCCCAGUUGAGGUUUUGACAUUUUGAACUGGAAAAAAAAAGAAAAUCUGCUAAAUCUAAAUACAGCAUCUUGUGUUGGAAUGAGCACUGAGUUUAUAUUUAGGAAAUUAUUUUUUCUGGGAGGCAUUGGAAAAACACUAAGUCCACAAAACAUCCCCAGUUAUCCUCUGGUAACUGAUUUACGAUUAGAGAUUUCUACAUGAAGGCUGUAACUUCUGUAAUUUAUUUUAUGAUUUUGGUAAGUCAUAAACCCACUUGUAGUUCCCAUUUUAUACAGCAGCAAUUAAGUAGGAAACUCUUCAUCACACUAAUGAGCAGGAAAGAGGCUAACUACUGUAAAAUCCUUACCAAAAUAUUUACUAUGUUAAAUGACAGGUUAAAAAAAAGAGACAAAGGGUCAACUCUAAGUAAAGUGUGUUAAAAUGGGGUGUUUAGUAUGACACAUGUAUGGCAUAUAGUUGUUUUAAGACUUUAAACUAUUUUCACAGUAUUUAAAGGCUUGACAUGAUCAGUGUUGUUUGUGCAUAUCUGAAGACUUCUUCGGGGGUGAAAAAGAUACAGGAGUCAUGGGGAUAUUAAAAUAAGAGACAAAUGUGACUAGGAAUAGAAAGCCUUUUAUUUCUGCUCAGGAAGAGGGGUGGGAGAGUGGAAAAUAUGUUGUCCAACAUGAAUGAGGAGGCUGAGCCUUACCUUGGAUGCAUGGGCUGUUACUUGCAUUGUGUUGGAAAAGACAGGGUAAAGUUUGCAUUUAUUGGUUUCACCUAUAGUUUGGAAGAUGUUUUUAUUUAUAGCAAUGUUUGUUUAGUUUCCAAGAAAGGAUGAGAAAACAAUUUCUGCAAAUGGUUCCUUGUACAGCAACACUGAUUUCCAAC